AUGCAGCUGGAGCUGAAUGUGCGCGCUGCACAGGUCGAGGCCCAGGCGGCGGCGCGAGCGACGUCGUCGGACUCGGUGGCUGAGGGUCGCGCGGAGGCUAAGUUGGCGGAGGUGGAGGCGAGGAUGUUGGAGGUGGCGACGCAGGUAUCAGCAGCCAAGCAGGCGGAGACGCGUGCGGCGGCGGCGGAUCAGCAGAUCGGUGAGUUGAAAGCGACCAUCCGUGCGUUCGAAUCCCGGCUGGCGCAAUUGGAUGCAGAGCACCGCAAAUUGGAAGAGGCAGCGGCGGCUUCCACAACAACAGUCUCUAACUCACUGGAUGGACACGGACAGACACGAAACGUGGCGAACAGCCGGUUAGGUGCGGCUGUGUGGUUCGAGAGAACAACGCCGGUAGCCAGUGGAGGUGUGUGGGCACCGUUGGCAGCGGCUGCACAGAAGCUAUCGACACGAUAUGAGGGGGCGGGUAUCGCCCUGCGCCAGAGCAAGAUGAACCGUCCCGAGACCGUUCUCGACGAGGCGCCUGUCCGUGGUUACCGUGAUGGUUUCUGCACACUCGAACCACUUGCUCUCGGCGUACAUCUCGCCUACCCUCAGAAAAUUAAAGCCUUACAAUUUGAACAUGUGACCGGUCACGACCAUGCACCUGAAGCUGCCCCCAAGGUCGUCCAUGUCCAAGCCUACACUGACGUCAUUAGUGAAGACUCUCCUGUACAUGCUACCUCCUACACCAACAUUCAGUUCGACACUCACGGUGUUGCGCGCUUUACCGAAAGACUUCCCGAAGAAAAAAUCACUAGGUAA